UACCUAAAAAACGGGAGGUACCUCCAGUAGGUGUGUGCCAUGGUGUAUUCCAGCUCUCUCAGCAUGUAUUGAGAAUACUUAAAUGACUAGCUGAAGACAUUUUCAAUUCAAACAAUCAAAAACUGGUUUCCCUUGUCUGUUCUCAUAUUGCAUUUCUUGUAGACGUUACUACACAGAAGCCAUUGCUCUCACUGUGUGGAUGCCACGCCAUGGGAUCCCCGGAAAGGCACUGCUCUUUGCAGACAGCAGAGGACCUUCUUUGACACCAUGAGACAACAUUAUCAGAAAGUAGCUUGGCGUUGUCGAUACUUGAUUAGGAAAACAAAACACAAAUGGUUCACCUACAAACUGUGGAAGUCAAAACAAAACUAUUCCUGCAAGUCACAUAAAGCAAGGCGCUCCUGGAAGAAUCACAGAUGUGACCGAGCCGAGUGGAGCAGGAUGCAGAAUGAGAACAAAGAAGAGGCAAAGCGGCAGCACAGGGAAGCCGGGGGUGACUGGAUGAGGUAAUCCGAACCUUAGGACAAGGAGUCUUUGGGACAGUGCUUGAAUGCACCGAUCACGAAAGGGGAGAUAUUCAGGUGGCCCUGAAGAUAGCCAAAGGCAUGGAUUCAUACCGCAAAGCUGCCAGAUCGGAGGCCAGGAUCCUAGCACACAUUAAUUUGUGCGACUCAGAAGACCGACAGUCUUGCGUGCGAAUGCUAAACUGGUUUCAUUUCCAUGGCCACGUCUGCAUUGUGUUUGAACUGCUGGGUCUUAGCACAUAUGACUUUCUUCAGGAGAACAACUUCUACCCCUACCCCCUGGAGCAGAUCCGACACAUGGGCUGGCAGAUCUUCAGGGCUGUUGACUUUCUACAUCAGAGUAAACUGAUACACACUGACCUCAAGCCUGAAAAUAUCCUGUUCAUUAAUUCGGAGUAUUCUGUGGAAUACAAUGCCAAAAUGAAGAGGUACGAGAAAAAAAUUAAGAACCCUGAUGUAAAGAUAGCAGAUUUUGGCAAUGCCGUGUAUCACGAUGAAGACCACAGCUCAGAAAUUCAGACCCGGCACUACAGAGCGCCGGAGGUCAUCCUGGGCUUGAAAUGGGAUCAGUCAUGUGACGUGUGGAGUCUGGGAUGCAUCCUAUUGGAAUACUACCUUGGAUAUGUGGUGUUCAUGACUCAUGACAGCAAAGAGCAUCUUGCAAUGAUGGAAAGGAUCCUUGGGCCAAUACCACUCAGCUUAUUUCUUCAAACAAAGAGGCAAAGAUAUGUUACCGGGGAUCACCUUGACAGCUGUGAAUACACUGCAACAAGAGCACAAAUCAGGAAACGCUGCAAAUCACUGAAGAACUAUAGGACUACCGAAGAUUCUGAUCACAUUGCACUUUUUGACUUAAUUCAAAAGACACUGGAAUACAUCCCUGAAAGAAGAAUUUCUCCAUCUGAAGUUCUAAAGCAUUUAUUUUUUCAUCCUCUGCAGCAGACUUAACCGUAAUGGCUGUCCGCUUUGCUGGUUUCUGUAUUUCAUCUUAGUAUGUUUCUAUUACAGUAGAUGAGAGGCUAGCUUGCCAGUCACAUUUCUCAUUAUUCAUGAGCAUAAAUGCUAUAAUACAGUAACACAACACCUCUUAGUUCACAGCACAUGGUCUCAAACUCUAGCUUCUGCUUUUUUUUUUUUCUUGGCAUGGGCUAUUGGGGAUAUUUAUAAAGUAUGCAAACAUCUAAACAAGUUCAGCAGAAGAAAUGUGUGAUUUUUCAGUGUUCAUAUAUUAUUAACAUACAGUAGCUUAAUAUCAUGGGCAUGAGUAGUUUAAGUUACUAAGGGUCAUCCCGACACACUGAGCAAAUAUCUUAUUCAUAUGUAAUCCACAACAUUUACCACUAUACCAUCAGUAUUAUCUUAUUUUCAAAUGAAUCCAAUGGAAACAGAACAUAGUAAAUAAAGCAUUAAAACAAAACAAAAGCUCACUGCCAAAAGUACUGAAUUUUAAGCAAAUGCAUCCUUUUUGAACAAAAUACCUAUUUUUCUUCACUAUACAGCUAAAUGUUUGUCCUUUGUACAUUUUAUACAAACCAUUAUUUUUGAAUAAGCCAAAUUAAUAAUGUACAGUGACUUUAAAGGGACAGGUCAUACAGAGUAGAAAUUAGUCUGGAUGCAGUAAAUGCAGUCAGACCUUCAAGUUUAUUACUAUUCAGUGUUGUUCUACAAGGAAAUCCUAGGAAAAGCAUUUACACAGGAGGAGAAAUAUGAGAGGGUGACAAAGAGCAUCCUUAGCAUAAACAUAAUAUCUACCAGCAAUAAAUGCUUAAAAAUUGUGCUUCAUAACUGCAUAUAUCUAUAAAAAUGUCAGAGGUAUUAUCCCGCUGCACAUCAGUACCUGCUUGUCAGAAAUCAGCUGUUCAUGAGGGAAUUUUAAUGUACAGUAUGGAUAAUUUCUGAGAGAGAUAAGUGAAAAGAAAUAAGGUAUGAUAAACAAAACAGUCAAAUUAUCCAUUAAAUAAACCACCUUAUUUUUAUAAUUGCAGUAAUGUUAUUUAAUUUGUUUUCUGAAUAUUGGUUACAGAGGAACAAAUCACACUAUACAAUAACUGGAACAUUUUUACAUAUAAUAUCUGAAUACAUCACUUUCAUUAACUUAUUUACACAUCAUCUAUGUACAGAAAAAAAUUAGUCAGUGCAAUGUGAAGUUUUUUUUUACACAUAUUUACAAAAUAAAAAUUAAUUUAAUAAAUUUCAUAGGAAUCCUUAAAAAUUAAUAACCAAAGUAAAUAACAGGCAAGAACAUAAGACUGCACUACCACAUCAGAUCAGGGCGGCAGGACAAGCAAUGGCUUUCAUUACUGAUAUCUCAUGUGGCAAAAGAAGAGAUAUCUCAAAUAUCUUGUGGCAAUCAAUACUUAAAAGUAUACUUGAUAUUUAAUAGUACUAGUAGAUGGUAGUGUAGACAGUAGUGUAUUUUUUCAUUAAUACACACUUUACAGUUUGUGUUUUUACUUUUUACAAAAGUAUUAAACAAUAAAACGGUUUCAAUUAAA